GCUGAUGUUUUCCACACUGACUCUGAUUUCCAGUAGUAAUCGUGAUAUGUCUACUGUUAGUUUUUAAAGGACAGAAAUGGCGUCCCAGAGACUAAGUCCCUUCUCCUCCACUCUCUUGCGGCUAUUGUUCAAAAAGAGGGUCUCUAACGUGCACUUCCGAGCCUCGUUCGUUCAACCCGGGCGGCUUUUCCUGCAGGCGCUGGCGUCGUGCUUAUUUUGCAUGCUUCGCUGUGCUGAUGUGUGCGUGCAAUCGCCACGAAUUUUGGAGCCGAAAGUGGCAGGAUUGGGGCUGAGGACUUAGUCUCUGCGCCAUUUUCUUUUUCUGUACGUAGCAGGCAGCGACGGGCGAGCCGACGGUCUGCCGCGAUAUGGAGGCGGGCGAGCGCCGGUGCCGCCGCCCGCGUCCGCACGCGUCCGGCCGCCAGCUGCGCCCUGCCUCCGUCCCCAUCGGCGGACGUUGAUCCGCCCGUCCGUCGGGCAAGGCUCGCGCGGCGGCGUGAAACUUUGGGUCGAGGACACGCAAAGUUGCGCUGCGCGAGGAAAAGCCGACGCGUUAACGGGCGGCUCGGCACCAAUGACAGCCCCCGCGCUGUUUCGCUGCAAAGUUGAGCGCACUUGCUCUCAUUUCGCCGCCUGAGCUGACGUGACGGGGCGUCAGUCAGGAAAUGGUGCGUCUACCUGGGAUUUACGUUCAUGUUCCGACAAUAGCGGCCAACUGCGUUAUUAAACUGCCAUGACAGCGGGGAGCCACGAGGUGACGAUCAAGCCGAACCUGGUCCAUCAGAGGAGGCUGUCAGGAAAAACAGGCUCAUCACUGACUACUGACACUCACAAACAUAAAGACAAGCACAAAGACAAGGAACAUCGACACAAAGACCACAAGAAAGACAAGGAGCGAGAGAAACUGAAGCACAGCAACAGCGAGUACAAGGAGCACUCGGAGAAGAAACACAAGGACAAAGAGAGGCUGAAGCACAGCAACAGCGGCUCAGACAAGCACAGGGAGAAACACAAAGAGAAGGAGAAGAGGAAGGAGGAGAAGAUCAAAUUAACCCACGACAAGCCGAAAAAAGAGAAAGAAAAUGGAUACGUCAGAGACAGAAGUCCUCUCGUCAUUAAGAGCGAGCUUGAGGACGACAACGGCUUCUAUCCGUCUCCUCAACACAACAAGGCCUCCAAACGAGAGUACGACGACCAAGAGUUUGACUACAAGCUUAAAAAGGUGAAGGUGGAACACGACAAAAAGGCCCAAAAGAGAAAACACGAGUACGAAGAGGACGAGGAGGAGGAGGACAUUAAGCCCAAAAAGAAGACAAAAGAUAAGAAGGAGGGGAAGAAAUCCAAAAAAGACGAGGAGGAGAAGUGGAAAUGGUGGGAGGAGGAGCGAUACACCGAUGGAUCCAAAUGGCGCUUUCUUGAACACAGGGGUCCAGUGUUUGCGCCUCCAUACGAACCUUUGCCCGACAAAGUCCGAUUUUACUAUGACGGAAAGCCCUUGAAGCUCAGUCCUGCAGCCGAAGAAGUCGCCACUUUUUUUUCCAAGAUGCUGGACCACGAGUACACGACGAAGGACAUCUUCAGGAAGAACUUUUUCAAAGACUGGAGGAAGGAAAUGACGUCAGAGGAGAAGUCAAAGAUCACUGACCUGAACAAGUGCGACUUCAGUGACAUGAACGAGUACUUCAAGGCCCAAUCCGAAGCUCGGAAACAGAUGACGAAAGAGGAGAAGCAGAAAAUCAAAGAGGAGAACGAGCGACUCAUCCAGGAGUACGGCUUCUGCAUCAUGGACAACCACAAGGAGAGGAUCGGGAACUUCCGCAUCGAGCCGCCGGGACUCUUCAGGGGACGGGGCGACCAUCCGAAGAUGGGCAUGCUGAAGCGCCGCAUCCGACCCGAGGACAUCAUCAUCAACUGUAGCAAAGACUCCAAACAGCCCAAACCUCCUCCAGGGACCAAAUGGAAGGAAGUCCGCCACGACAACAAGGUGACCUGGCUGGCGUCCUGGACUGAGAACAUCCAGGGCUCCAUCAAGUACAUCAUGCUGAACCCAAGCUCCAGAAUCAAGGGGGAGAAGGACUGGCAGAAGUACGAGACGGCCCGGCGGCUGAAGAAGUGCGUGGAUCGCAUCCGCACACAGUACAGGGAGGACUGGAAGUCCAAGGAGAUGCGGAUCAGGCAGAGAGCUGUGGCUCUCUACUUCAUCGACAAGUUAGCGCUGAGGGCGGGGAACGAGAAGGAGGAGGGAGAGACGGCGGACACGGUGGGCUGCUGCUCGCUGCGGGUGGAGCACGUCAAGCUCUACCCCAAACUGGACGAGCAGGAGUACGUGGUGGAGUUCGACUUCCUGGGAAAAGACUCAAUCCGCUACUACAACAAGAUCCCAGUGGAGAAACGGGUUUUUAAGAACCUUCAGCUGUUUUUGGAGAACAAACAGCCCGAGGACGACCUCUUCGACAGACUGAACACUUCUAUCCUCAACAAGCACCUACAGGAGCUGAUGGACGGACUCACGGCCAAGGUGUUCCGCACCUACAACGCCUCCAUCACGCUUCAGCAGCAGCUCAAGGAGCUCACCUGCUCUGACGACAGCAUCCCAGCCAAGAUCUUGUCUUACAACCGAGCCAACCGGGCGGUGGCCAUCCUCUGCAACCACCAGAGAGCUCCCCCCAAAACGUUCGAGAAGUCGAUGCAAAACCUGCAGACGAAGAUCGAUGAGAAGCAGAGUCAGUUGUCGGCAGCGAGGAAGCAGCUGAAGGCGGCCAAGGCUGAUCACAAGGCUUCCCAUGAUGACAGGAGCAAAAAAGCCGUGGAGGUGAAGCGUAAAGCGGUCCAGAGGAUCGAGGAGCAGCUGAUGAAGCUGCAGGUGCAGGCCACAGACAGGGAGGAGAACAAGCAGAUCGCUCUGGGCACCUCCAAGCUCAACUACCUGGAUCCACGCAUCUCCGUUGCAUGGUGCAAGAAACUGAACGUUCCCAUCGAGAAGAUCUACAACAAAACCCAGAGAGAGAAGUUCGCCUGGGCCAUCGACAUGGCUGAAAAGGACUAUGAGUUUUAGACCAAGUGUGUUCUGCCCCUUCUAGCCAUGCCUUGGAUUGUAAAGAUGGUUAAAACUCAAACAGCUGUGGCCACAGGUUCAUAAUUAUAUAUAUGCUACAUGAUUUGGUUAGGAAAACAGGUCCUCAGCCAUUAGACCCAGCUGCCGAUGGGCGGCUCUUUAAAAAUUAGCAGUAGUGGUGUAUGUAGCUGCAGCUAGCUGCCCGUGAUUAAUGUCAUCUUUUGUCAGAUAUGACUCUGCUGAAGCCAUCAGAUUUAUUGAGAAAUGCUAUAUUCUCAUAGAAUAAUGAAUUAAACGUUUGUAUGGGAGACUGUGAGAAAAAUCAGGAGAGAAAUAAUAUGAAGAAAUUCAAAUUGUAGAAUUCUAGUGUGAAAGAUUGCUACAAUAAAAUGAGCCUGACAGACUGAUGAAACCCGAGCACUCUACUCAUAUUGUCAUUAGCACACAGAAUGUCAUCUCUUACUGUUUACUUUUCUGUUGCUGUUUUUGUUCAGGGAUGUAUAUAUUUUUGUUAAUUUUCAGUGGCUUUGAUUGAGUGUUUUUCUUAACGUGUGCUUUAUGCAUCAGCAACAAAAUGCUCUCCAUUGCUCAUAUGCAACUUGAGUGUCUGUUCCUGCAGUUUUAUAUUGAACCAGAUGUAACAUUCUUCUCAGAUACUUGAAACAAGUGAAGUACAGAACAAUGUGUUGUGUGUCGGCGCUUAAAGAGAUUGUUCUUUAAGAGAUAUCUUCUAAGUGGGAUGUGGAUUUUGCCAAAAAGCAUCAUAGAGGUCUUUCAUUGUAGUCUGCUGUUUUUUUUUUGUUGUAUUGCUGUGGAUAUAAAAUGUCGGAGUUUUAACACGUGUAAUUACCGUUUCCUGCAAUUUUAUCAUGUAUCACCGUUGAUUUGUCAAAUGGUUAUUGUUUUGAACUUUGUAGUUUUCAGAAUAAAACAUCAACCUUGU